AUGAGAUUGCUUAUCGUCACCUCCGCAUUUCUAUGCUUCGCCUUGGCCGCCCAGACAACAAUGACCGCACAGAAAGAUCAGAGCCAAAACAGCGGUGGUGGCGGAUGCACCACUUGCCAGCCGGGAUACUUGCCCGACUACCAAGGGGAUAAAUAUACGAAUCAGACGAGGAUUCAGGAAACCCAAGCCCUCAACAAAAAAUUCUUCGACUCCAUCGGCGGGGCCCCAUCUGCCCUCCACUCACUCCGGCGCAGCAAGGAA